AAGCAAGGAGAUCAGGCAGUAGGCUACCUGUAGUUGUUUUUGAUGAGAUGAUGGUGGCCUGGGCUAGAGUGGAAGCAGGGGAAGAAGAGGAGAGUGGGAAGUGGAUAGAUUAGAGACAUUUUGGAGUUAGGGCUGACAGGACUUGCUGACAGACGGAGUGUGGAGAUGGAGGGAGAGGACACAUAAAUGACUCCUCUGUUUCUCCUAGUGUAACUGAGAGGAUGCUUGGGUCAUUUACUGAGAAGGGCCAGACGGGCAGGGACAGGUUUUGGGUGAGGAUGUGUGUGUGGAAACGAAGAGGUCUGUAUUAACUUAAAGGUGGUCAUUAGACACCCAAGGAGAGGUGCCACUAAACUGCUAAACUAUGGGUCUGUAACUCCAGAGGGGUCCAGGUUGGAGCCAUGACUCAGGAGGUCUUUAACCUAUAGUGCAGCGCUGUCCAACUGAAAUAGAAUGAGAGUCACGUAUGUAAUUUAAAAUUCCCCAGUGCCCCCAUUAAAAAAGUGAAAAGAAAUAGGUGAAAUUAAUUUAAAUAAUAUAUGUAUUUAACUCAAUAUAUCCCACAUAUUAUUUCAACAUGUAAUCAAUAUAAAAAUUAUUGAUGAGAUGUUGUGCAUUCUGGUCUUCGACAUCAGGCGUGUGUUUUACAUUUAGAGCUCACUUAACUCGCACUCGCCACACUUCAACCGCUCACCUGCCCCAGGCCGGCUAGGCGCUCCCGGUGCUUCAGCGCAGCGGGACAGGUUUUUCAAACCCGGGUACCCAGACGCGCCCGGACCGUUCAGAGGAGGCACUUCCGUUGGGACAUCCCGGACCGAAGUCGCGGCGGAACGGAAGUCGCGUGUGCGCGCGCAGCGGCGGACGGCCGAGCGGGGUUGCGGGCCGGCUCCGAGGAGCUUCUGUGGCGGGACGUUGGGCCCUCGGGCUGCGGGAGACUUUGGGCUGUUUUAGUGCCAUGCAUCCUUUACGGCGUGUCCUCCGAGCACACAGGUGUCUGAGGUGGCGGCCCUUGGCCUCUGUGUCCUGGCUGCUGCUCAGGACCUGCAGGGCAUCCUGUAAUCUCUCCAGCACCACAUGUCCCAGUCCAGAGAGGCAGCAGGAGCAUGGAGUUCAAAAGGAUUUCAGCUCCAGGCUGGCCACUGGACCGACUUUUCAGCAUUUUUUGAGAAAUGCUUCAGUUCCUCAAGAGAAUCUGUCUUCUCUAGACGUGGAGGACCCACCACCAUAUCUCACAGUGGAUCAGCUUUUAGGAAGGCAGAGAAAAGUCUACCUGGAGACCUAUGGCUGCCAGAUGAAUGUGAAUGACACGGAGAUAGCCUGGUCCAUCUUACAGAAGAGUGGCUACCUGCGGACCAAUAACCUCCAAGAGGCUGAUGUGAUCCUCCUUGUCACAUGUUCUAUCAGGGAGAAGGCCGAACAGACCAUCUGGAAUCGUUUACAUCAGCUCAGAGCCCUGAAGACAAAGCGGCCUCGCUCCCGAGUGCCUCUGAGGAUUGGGAUUCUAGGCUGCAUGGCUGAGAGGUUGAAGGAGGAGAUCCUCAACAGGGAGAAAAUAGUGGAUAUUUUGGCUGGUCCAGACGCCUAUCGGGACCUUCCUCGACUGCUGGCUGUUGCUGAGUCAGGCCAGCAAGCUGCUAAUGUGCUGCUCUCUCUGGAUGAGACCUAUGCUGACAUCAUGCCGGUCCAGACGAGCCCCAGUGCUACUUCUGCCUUUGUGUCUAUCAUGCGAGGCUGUGACAACAUGUGCAGCUACUGCAUUGUUCCCUUCACACGUGGCCGAGAGAGGAGUCGUCCUGUUGCCUCCAUCGUAGAGGAAGUGAGGAAGCUUUCUGAGCAGGGGCUGAAAGAAGUGACACUCCUUGGUCAGAAUGUUAAUAGUUUUCGGGACAAUUCAGAAGUCCAGUUCAAUAAUGCAAUGUCCACCAGCCUCAGUCGUGGCUUCUCCACCAACUAUAAAACCAAGCAAGGAGGGCUUCGUUUUGCUCACCUUCUGGAUCAGGUCUCCAGAAUAGAUCCUGAAAUGAGGAUCCGUUUCACCUCUCCCCACCCCAAGGACUUUCCUGAUGAGGUUCUGCAGCUGAUUCAUGAGAGAGACAACAUCUGUAAACAGAUCCACGUACCAGCCCAGAGCGGGAGCAGCCGUGUACUGGAGGCCAUGCGUAGGGGAUAUUCAAGAGAAGCUUAUGUGGAGUUAAUUCAUCAUAUCAGAGAGUCUAUUCCAGGUGUGAGCCUCAGCAGUGAUUUCAUUGCUGGUUUUUGUGGUGAGACAGAGGAAGAUCACCUCCAGACGGUCUCUUUGCUUCGGGAAGUUCAGUACAACAUGGGCUUCCUCUUUGCCUACAGCAUGCGACAGAAGACACGGGCGUAUCACAGGCUGAAGGAUGAUGUUCCAGAAGAGGUAAAAUUAAGGCGUUUGGAGGAACUUAUCACUGUCUUCCGAAAAGAAGCAACAAAAGCCAACAAGACCUCUGUGGGUUGUACCCAGCUGGUGCUGGUUGAGGGGCACAGUAAACGCUCUUCCACUGACCUGUGUGGCCGGAAUGAUGGAAACCUUAAGGUGAUCUUCCCUGAUGUGGAGAUAGAGGAUGUCACUAACUCUGGGCUCAGGGUCAGAGCUCAGCCUGGGGACUAUGUGCUGGUGAAGAUCACCUCUGCCAGCUCUCAGACACUUAAAGGACAUGUUCUCUGCAGGACCACUCUGAAGGGCUCCUCAGCAUAUUGUUAACCUGAGUGGAUGGCCUCAGAGUUGACGUGAGCAGUUGUUCCCAACAGGAAGGGAGAUAUGAUUGGGCACUGAAAGAAAGAGGUAAUGAAGCUUUGGAGAUAAGCUGCAAGUGGUGAAGCCACAUUAUGUCAAAUGGAAAAUGCACUUCCUUGCUGCUAUGUGGACAGCUUUUACAGUCAUUAAAUUUACCUAAAAUCAUCCCUUUGUCUCUCUUAUUUUAUUUUAUUUUUGCCUUGGUUACUGUUUCUGGAAUUUUCCUUACAGUGUCUGUUUUAAGUGUUUCCCAACCCAGUUUCUGCUGUGGACACUGAUAACCACUCUGAUUUUCUCCCCUUGGCCCUAGGAGUUAGAGACUGAAGGAGGGGAGGUGAAGAGAACCAUUUGCUUGGGAAAAGCUGCUCUAGAUCUUGCUCACGUUUUGGUUUGAUGACAGUGACUCAGCUGCCUUUCUCCUCACUUUAUUCUCAUAUUUUACCUGAGGAUUUCCCUCAUGGAGCUCUUUUUUAGCUUGUCAGUUCAUUCUUUGCUGUCAACUCUGACAGCACUUGGACAUUGGAACAGCGUGGGGAAAUGUCAUUACCUGCUAAUAGGCCUGAUCAGUCAUUCUUGGCCCAUUCACUACCAAGAUUGUGUCGUUUUGUGGAUUUCAUGAGAAAAAAUCCAAAAAAUGGUAACAGAAUAUCUGGAGUCAGAAGGACUUUGGUUCAAGUCCCCACUCCAUUGCUGAAGCGUUGUGUAACUUGAGCAGUUACUUUAUUCUUCUGUGCCUUGGUUUUCUCAUGUGAUGUGGGGAUAAUAAUAACAUGCUUAUCUCAUAUGCAGUUCAGGUUCAGUGAGAUUGUAGCUUGCAAAGAGUUCUGCACGGUGUAUGGAACAUGGUAAGUUCUUAUCACAUGGGAGUGAUCACUGAAAUAUUUUCCUUCUAAAAUAGACUGUGUCUGUUAGGAUAUGCUGAGGUUUUUAUUGUGUGUCUAACCAUGAUCUUUCCACUGACCUUGACAACCUUUGGGAACCCCAAACUGAGAACCUCUUCCUCAGGUGCUCGUUUGGCCUGGGAAGAUUGGUUUCUGCUCUCAAGGUCCAUUUUCUAGUGAGGAAAAUAUUUGUUAUGGCUCUUCACCUCAGUUCUUUAUUCAAAAGGCAUUUAAAAAGAUGUUUUGAAAUUUUAUUUUACUUUUUAUGAAAAAGUAAAACAUAUAUGUGGUAAAUAAUUGAAACAAUACAGUGUGUAUCUAUAAUUGGUCAGUUUCCCUUCUACCACUUUCUCCUAAUCCUCUGGUUCCCUUUUAUUUAUUUUUUUUAAAGAUUGGCACCUAAGCUAACAACUGUUGCCAAUCUUUUUUUCUUUUUUU